UGGGGGGCGGGGCUUCCGCUGACCAUGGCGGGCGAGCCUGAGGGGUGCAAGCCGUUGAGUGGGUUGCUGAACGGCCUGGCCCAGGACGCUUUUUACGGUCACCCGGGCAUCACCGAGGAGCUGCUGCGGAGCCAGCUCUAUCCGGACGUACCACCCGAGGAGUUCCGCCCCUUUCUGGCGAAGAUGAGGGGGAUUCUUAAGUCUAUUGCAUCUGCAGACAUGGAUUUCAACCAACUGGAGGCAUUCUUGACUGCUCAAACAAAGAAGCAAGGUGGGAUCACAUCUGACCAAGCUGCUGUCAUUUCCAAAUUCUGGAAGAGCCAUAAGACAAAAAUCCGAGAGAGCCUCAUGAACCAGAGCCGCUGGGACAGUGGGCUUCGGGGCCUGAGCUGGAGAGUUGAUGGCAAAUCACAGUCAAGGCACUCAGCUCAAAUACAUACCCCUGUUGCCAUAAUGGAGCUGGAAAUAGGGAAAAGUGGACAGGCAUCUGAAUUUCUGUGUUUGGAAUUUGAUGAGAUCAAGGUCAACCAAGUCCUGAAGAAGCUCUCAGAGGUAGAAGAAAGUAUCAGCACACUGAUGCAGCCAGCCUAGCUGAAGAUGGAGUUGUUGAAGCAAAGGUGUUCAUGAUCCCUCCCCAGUGACCUGUUUUGUUUUUUUUUUAAAUCUUAUUCCCCCAUUAGUAUUAAAUCUUCAAAUUCAAAUCCUUCUUGCCUCU